GGAGAAGGACUCAGCCGCGGCUGCGGGACCCGGGCACCGGAGGCGGUGGCGGCAGCGGCGGCGGAGGCGGCGGCAGCGGCAGCGGCGGACGGCAAAGGAAGACGAGGAGGAAGAAGCAAAGCAAAAGAAGAGCCAGGCGGAGUCCACAACGACGACAGCUGGGACUGCGGGACCCGGGGAAAGCGACGGCGGCGGCGGCGGCCCAGCAACCGUGAGGAGAAACAAAAGCCUUCUAAAUUAUAGUUUCCAAGCAGUGUAGGGGGAAAGAGAUCGCAAGCCCAGGGGGGAGGCCUUUCUCCUUUAGAGUAACUACGGUAGCGGGGUUUUCCUUUUUGUCCAUCCUCCCCCUUCCCCCUCCCCCCCGGCGGAGAAUCGAACUGAGAGAACUGAACAAACCGCCCCUGGGUCCCAUGAGGGAAAAAAAUCCCGGAGCCGCAGAGAGGGGAAGAGGCAGAAACCGCAGGACCUUCCAGGUCGCCCCCUUGGUCCCCGCACCCCCGGGCCGCCAGCUCGCCCUUGUCCAGUCUCGCUAAUCCCUCCUGAUCGCGACACCCCCCAGAGGGAGAAACGGGUGUUUCCAACCCCUUUCAUGGGGGAGAGGAGGCCGAAGGGACAAGAACAGCAAACGCAGCAAGAUCUGCACCCGGAGCCCCAGGAACAGCCCCAGAGGCCCACACUGCACCCUACAAAAGAACAGAAACAGGACCAGGAACAGCAGAAACCUCCCUGCAAUCAUCUUCCCUUUAGUCAAGGCUGAUUUCCUCUUUGGCAACCAGAAAUUCACCUCCCGCCCCAGAUAACCUAAUAUAAUCUAUCUAUAUAUAAAUAUAUAAUAUAUAAUGUUCUUAAAUUAUUCCUGAUUUUUUUAACCAAGCUGCCAAGAAAAGAACGUAUUCUCCCCUUAAUCCUAUUCUAAUUUUUAUGUGAAUCUAAACUGCUGAGGAAGACCAUAUGUGAUUGUUAAAUUUUAUAUAUAUAUAUUUUUACUCUGCACAAUGCUUAUUCUUCUAUAUCCAUAGAUGCUUGAGAAGCUGUGUUUUUGUCAUUCAUGUACAUUUUCCUUUGGAAAAAGAAAGCGCCUAUUUUACUAACCAAAGACUUGAUUUUUACCUUUUUCCUUUUUUAUUCCCGCCUAAAAAUAAGCCCAAUUGGAUUCAUAUCAAUAUUUUAAGAGAUUUUUUUUAGUUGUUUUUCCUUCCAGAGAGACCAGAGUUCCAAAUCAGAGAUACUUAGGGUGAUAAGCUGUGAUCUUUGAGUUAGCUAUAAAUAAGAUACUUCAAGCAAACAAAUUUGAAAUACAGAGGAAAAGACGCAAGACAUUAGAUUGUCUUUUUUUUUUGUUGUGAGAUUCUGAUCCUAAAAAUAAUAAAUGGGGGAUUACGGGUUUGGAGUGCUAGUACAAAGCAAUACUGGGAAUAAAUCUGCUUUUCCAGUCCGAUUCCAUCCACAUCUGCAGCCUCCACACCAUCACCAAAAUGCCACCCCCAACCCUGCUGCUUUUAUAAAUAAUAACACAGCUGCCAACGGCAGCAGUGCUGGGUCAGCUUGGCUCUUCCCUGCUCCAGCUACCCAUAACAUUCAGGAUGAGAUCUUGGGGUCAGAAAAAGGAAAAAAUCAACAGCAGGAACAACAAGACCCUUUAGAAAAGCAACAACUCUCCCCCAGUCCAGGUCAGGAAGCUGGAAUAUUGCCUGAAAGUGAAAAGGCAAAAGCUGAAGAAAAUCCAGGGGACAAUUCUUCAGAAAACAGCAAUGGAAAAGAAAAAAUACGCAUUGAAUCACCAGUGUUGACAGGGUUUGAUUAUCAAGAAACCACGGGCCUCGGUACUUCCACCCAACCCUUGACAUCUAGUGCAUCGUCCCUUACUGGCUUCAGUAACUGGUCAGCAGCGAUAGCACCUUCUUCCUCCACGAUAAUCAAUGAAGAUGCAAGUUUCUUUCACCAGGGUGGGGUCCCUGGCGCUUCAGCUAAUAAUGGUGCUCUGUUGUUUCAAAAUUUUCCCCAUCAUGUCAGCCCUGGCUUUGGUGGUAGCUUCUCCCCUCAGAUCGGUCCUCUCUCCCAGCACCAUCCUCAUCACCCCCACUUCCAGCAUCAUCACAGCCAGCAUCAGCAGCAAAGGAGGUCUCCUGCCAGUCCCCACCCCCCACCUUUCACACAUAGAAAUGCUGCUUUUAACCAGCUGCCUCAUUUGGCGAAUAAUCUUAGCAAACCUCCUUCUCCAUGGAGCAGCUACCAGAGUCCCUCUCCAACCCCCUCUUCUUCCUGGAGCCCAGGAGGUGGCGGCUAUGGUGGCUGGGGAGCUUCUCAAGGCCGAGAUCACCGCAGAGGGCUGAAUGGUGGAAUAACACCCCUGAACUCCAUCUCACCUUUGAAGAAAAAUUUUACAAGCAAUCAUAUUCAGCUCCAGAAGUAUGCUCGUCCUAGCUCAGCCUUUGCUCCCAAAUCCUGGAUGGAAGAUAGCUUGAACAGGGCUGACACCAUUUUUCCUUUUCCGGAUCGCCCCAGGACAUUUGACAUGCACUCUUUGGAGAGCUCACUCAUUGACAUAAUGAGAGCCGAAAAUGAUUCCAUUAAAGGUCGUCUAAACUAUUCAUAUCCAGGAUCCGAUAGUUCUCUGCUUAUUAAUGGUCAGUCUUCACUGUUUCCGAUGGAAGAUGGAUUCCUGGAUGAUGGCCGUGGGGAUCAACCUCUUCAUAGUGGCCUGGGUUCACCUCACUGCUUUACUCACCAGAACGGGGAGAGAGUGGAACGAUAUUCCCGCAAGGUGUUUGUGGGUGGAUUGCCUCCUGACAUUGACGAAGAUGAGAUCACAGCUAGUUUCCGUCGCUUUGGCCCUUUGAUUGUGGACUGGCCUCAUAAAGCAGAGAGCAAAUCUUAUUUUCCACCAAAAGGCUAUGCAUUCCUGCUGUUUCAAGAUGAAAGUUCUGUCCAGGCUCUCAUUGAUGCGUGCAUUGAAGAAGAUGGAAAACUCUACCUGUGUGUAUCAAGUCCAACCAUCAAGGAUAAACCAGUGCAGAUUCGGCCCUGGAAUCUCAGUGACAGUGACUUCGUGAUGGAUGGCUCACAGCCGCUUGACCCACGAAAAACAAUAUUUGUCGGUGGUGUUCCUCGACCCUUACGAGCUGUGGAGCUUGCCAUGAUAAUGGAUCGGCUGUAUGGAGGUGUCUGCUAUGCUGGGAUUGAUACUGACCCUGAGCUCAAAUACCCAAAAGGAGCUGGACGAGUUGCAUUUUCUAAUCAACAGAGUUACAUAGCUGCUAUCAGUGCCCGCUUUGUUCAGCUACAGCAUGGAGAGAUAGAUAAACGGGUGGAGGUUAAGCCAUAUGUCCUGGAUGACCAACUGUGUGAUGAAUGUCAAGGGGCCCGUUGUGGGGGGAAAUUCGCUCCAUUUUUCUGUGCUAAUGUUACCUGUCUGCAGUAUUACUGUGAAUAUUGCUGGGCUGCUAUUCACUCUCGUGCUGGCAGGGAAUUCCACAAGCCCCUGGUGAAGGAAGGUGGUGACCGCCCUCGGCAUAUUUCAUUCCGCUGGAACUGAAGGAUGAAUGACUCCAGAGCUCAUUUGCAGGCCUCAGAAGUGCCCUCUUCUGUUCACUCUGACCCUUCCUCAGCCUCUUCACGCUGGCAUGUCCUGUGUAGAGUGUGUAACUAACAGUAGUAGAAUGAAAGAACAACCUACAACAUAGGUAUUUUGUAGACUCUCGUGUCACUACAAACAGUAUGUUUAACUCCUUUUCCACAUUGCCAUCAUGGUGCAUGCAAGUUUUAACUCUCUUGUUUUGCUGGAGGCCAAGAGGAUCCAAACUUGCUGCAGCAUUUUCUUAGAGGAGAGAAAUAUUAACAGAAAUGAAACAAUAUUUUGGGUUUUUAAUUGCUGGUAAUGAUAUAACAUAUAAGAAUACUUUAUUGAGAUAACCACCAACAGUAACACUAUUGUCUAAUCUGACACAGUCUCCCCCAGGGAAGUGCUCUUGCCAUUUCCUUUCUUUUCUUUCAUUCCUUGUCUUUUCUAUCCUUUUUCAUUCUUUAACAGCAAUGGAGGAAGUUAACAGUUACUAACAGCAAACGAUGAACAAGAUUGAGCAGCAUAACCGGAAGGGCUUUGAGGCUAAGUAUGGUUUAAUCACGCCUCAAAUGCAUCAUACAUCAGAAAAUAAUAAAGCAGGCAGAGCUGAGUUUGUUUUCUUUGGAAUAAUUCUAAAAAUUCCGAAUGUAAGAAUCAGGUGACUUUACUACUGAGGGGAGUGCAUUUAUUUACUUCACUGACUUCCUAGUCACACCCCAGGAAGCCUACCAAAGCUAGAAGUAAUGAUAUCUGGUGGGAAACAGAAGAACAAAAGCAUAAAUUUUAUUUUUGUUGUUAUAUAGAAACUCUAUAUCCUAAUUUACUAGGUCAUCAGCUGUCGGCCUUUGCUCUCCAUUUUGACAUUGGAAAACAACAUAUCUAGACAUACCUCAAAGAUAUCAUUUUUGACUUUGUGUUACACUACACUUGUAGCCAAAACUGGAAGAUGAAAAUAGCAUACAAAUUGGCUGCCCAUUGGCUUUGUUUUCCAUUUGAACAUACUUUGGAAUCCUGUAAUUUAGUUGUAACAUAGAAAAUGUAGGGGGGGGAAGGUUUAAAAAAGUCAAGUAGUUGCAAAGUGUUUUUGCACUGUUGAACUAAGUAAUUGUGUAAAUCUGUGCAAAAGUCCGUAUGUUUAUCUUACUCUUCCUAUAAAGUACAAUAACAUACACUUUCCGAACUUAGCAUGGGACAUAGUGUUUGAAGUGCCAACUUCAUCAAGUAAUGCAUGCUUUAUUAUAAAUACAACCCUAGCUUUGAAAGAUGUUCUUAUGUUUUGAACAGUAUGCUUCAGAGGUAAAUUUAAAAUAGUCUCUUGAAGCCCUGGUCAUGGACGUAACUUUUCGUUGAAUUGACUUUCUCUUAUUAAAUGCCCUACCGUAGUUCAGAGGAUGACUAUCAGUGUGCAAAGCAUUUGACAGCAGCAGCCUCAGUGUGCUCUUGCUCGCUGUGCUACCUAACAGUACCAUCUUGGAGCCUUCAGAACCAAAGACUUGCCCCACAGUGCUGUGUCACCGCCUAGCUGGUGAUCCCUCUGAUGUCUGUAGGAAAAGCAGCCCUUUAUUUUUAACACAGGCUUUAAUGAACUACACCUGUUAAGUCCCAAAGGUCAAAAUGGAGGCACUUGCUGUCUAAGAGUCCAACAGAAAGAAGGAGCCGCUGUCAGCGACUCCCCUGCUAACAGAACAGCAAAGCAGUCAUGCGAAUGAAUGGAGGGUGCUCUCUUGUAGCUGGUCAGGGACGCAUUUUCUUUUCUCCUGAACUACAUGAUUCUAAUUGGAAUGUUCAUUUGCCUCUUUUUCUUCUUUACUGCUUGUAGGUGGCUUGGGGUGUGCCGUUGUGCUGUUCCUACCCAGUAAACAGGCGUGAUGAGUUAAGAAAUAACACUGCUUGAGAACUAGCUUUGAAUAAUUUUCCCUUUGUACAUGACCUGCUGAAUUUCGGUACAGUGUUUUGUAGCUAACUUAUUUUGUCAUGCACAUGAUGUAUAUUUGUUAUGCACUACUUUUGUAUAUCUUGUUUUUCCAACAGUGAACAUUUUUAGGCACACUUUUCACUGACGGGAUAUCUCUUUAUGCAAUACCUCAAUUUUUCAUAUUGCAAAGAGUAGCUUUUUGUACUUUUAUUACUGAGAGAUCUUCAUAUACUUCAUUUUUUAAUAUAAAUAAUUUUAAUAAAUUUUAUUUUCUUAUAUUCUGCUUUUUAUACAUUUCAGUGCUCUGCAUACAUUUUAAAUUAUGAAUGUUGUGCACUGGCAAUGCUAUUUUAGAGUCUGCAGAGAAGAGAAAGCAUGUUGCUUAAACAUCCUUCCCCAGCACCAGCUAUUGGUGUACCUAUAAUUUAAGAAAUAGUCUAUGUAAAGUCACAAAUUGAAAAAAUUCGCAUGAAAAUGACAAGAUAACACUGUAGUUCCUAAAAAAAAUUAAAUGCAUAAGCAUAGGGUAGAAAUUUAAAAUAACAAAAUUGUCUACAGCUUCUUACUAAGUUUUUAAAAUUAUUCAUAAAAUGCAGACAUUUUGGCUGAAUGUUUAACCAUUUUUAAUCUUAAUUAAUUGAUGUUAUGUGUUUGAUUCAGAGAUGUCUGCUCUUUUAAAUUCUAUAUAAUAAAACAAAAUCGCCUGCCACAGGACAGGUCUGUAAUGUUAGUAUGCAUGACUAAUGUAAGAAAUUGUUAUUCUGCUAAUAUUUACUUGUGAUUGUGUGACAAGCGUGUUUACAGAUGAUUUGGUUCCACUUCUUUACAGGGCAUAAACAAUGAUUAUCUAUUACUCUGAACUUUAUGAUUACAUGUCCUUCAGAUUACAUGGGAUUGUAGUUGGGAGUUACCAUGUAACUCAAACAUAAUUAACAUGUAAUUAGUUUACAAGUUUUAGGGUUAUCACUUCAAUUUACCAAGCAUGUAGUUCUAGCGCACUAGCAUGGCACCAGCCAUGUAUUUACAAUGUAGUUACAGAGUAAUUACAUGGUUAUUUUUGCAAUGUAAAAUAAAGUGUUUCUGAUUAUUUUCUAUGUAAAGGAACUCCCCCCCCACCCCCGCCCCCUGGCUUUGGUAUAAUAUAUAUACUUCUCCAUACACAGACCUCUGCAGAAUGCAAAAUAAAACUUGCAGUGAAUGAACUUAGCAUUUUAUGAGAGUGCUGUUGGAAAGACUUGAUAAUUCACCCCUUUUGUUUUGAAGAGUUGAAUCUUCUGUUAAAAGGUGAUUUAAAACUUGAAUGUGAUGAAUUGUGGCAAGCUCACUCCAGUUAUGUGCAAUACUUAUCUCACACUUUGGAAGAUCUUUGCAGUGUAAUUCUUUGUUUUUAAUUGCAGACAUUUAAAAAUGUCAUUUUCUACUGUUAAGAGUAAUCCUCUUUCUUGCUGGUGUUUCUAAAGAAAAGAAUCAGAAAUCAAUCUUUCUACUAAUGUAAAUUUGAGAUUAUUUUUAAAAAUGGAAUAAAAGAGGUUUUGGUCAUUUGCUUUAUUUUAUUAUCUUAUUUUAAAGCUACUGUGAUUGAUAGCAUUGUAAGAAUUGGGACAAUAUUGUAUUCAACUGUUUUAUUUUUUAUAUUUUUAAAAUUUAAAGUAUAAUUAGUUUUUAUAAUUUCAUCAGAUUUUUGUUAUAUUUUUUUGGAAGUGAAACUUUUAGCAAGUGGGUGUCUAGUUUUUACUAAUCCCUGAUUUCCCAGUGAUUGCUCAUAUUAUCAGAAGGAAGCGUUAUUUAAGUGCGUCAGUUAAUUGUACUACUUGGCUGAAUUUCCAUAUAGUUUUUACUGUGUAUGGGGAGGUUGUAGUAUUUAUUCUAGCAUUUUAAAUAAGGGUAAUUCAUUUUUUUAUUAAAGUCAUUUUCACGUUAAGUUCCUAUUUUUGUAUGUUCUACUCUUAAGUUAUAUAACACAGUUCCUUUUUUAAAAGAGUUCAUUUGUUGAAGUGCUAGUGAAGAAUUAAUGUUAUUAAAUAGUUUGCAAAUGACUAUUUAUACCAGUAUGCAUAUAAUUUUUAAAUAUUUGUAAUGUGAGAUGUUGAAUGAAUAAAACUUUUAACUCAGA